CUGUUAUCCAACCGAAUUUAAUAAUUCUAAACGUAAUAUAACACCAACUCCUACUACUUUAACACGAGGCUUUCCAUCUCUUAGCUUCACUUGUGUCUGUUACUGCAACUCAACUCAAGCAAGCUCGCCGGAAAUGAAGAUCACGGCGUACGCUUGCUUAAUUCUUCUCUUCAGCUUCGGCGGCGAUGCGGCGGCUCCCGACAGAUCGGAAGACACACUUUAUUCUUUUGAAGAGCAGCUGGAUUCACACCCAGAUGCUACACAGCCUCAACCGUUAAUGGUUCCUAUCACACUUGUUUCCUCUGCUCUUGCUUCCUCUAAAGGAGCUGUUUGUUUGGAUGGAACACUACCUGCUUAUCAUUUGGAUCGGGGUUUCGGGUCCGGUGCAGACAGCUGGCUUAUACAAUUAGAGGGAGGUGGUUGGUGUAACACUGUCCGAAGCUGUGUUUUUCGUAAAACAACCCGUCGUGGUUCUUCCAAGUAUAUGGAGAAGAUGCUACCCUUUACCGGAAUAUUGAGCAAUAAACCUGAAGAAAAUCCUGACUUUUUCAACUGGAACAGAGUUAAGCUUCGUUACUGUGAUGGUGCAUCUUUCAGUGGAAAUAGUGAAAAUAAGGAUGCACAACUUUUUUUCCGAGGCCAACAAAUUUGGUUGGCUGCUAUGGAGGAAUUAAUGUCAAUGGGAAUGAAUCAAGCUAAAGAGGCUCUUCUUUCUGGUUGCUCAGCUGGAGGUCUCGCUUCCAUAUUGCAUUGUGAUGAAUUCGAGGAUAUGCUACCGCAUACAACAAAAGUGAAAUGUUUAAGUGAUGCCGGAAUGUUUCUUGAUGCAGUUGAUGUAUCUGGAGGUCGCACUUUAAGAAAUAUGUAUGACGGCGUGGUUAACUUGCAGAACCUGCAAAGUAACUUGCCAACAACUUGCACAAACCAUUUGGAUCCUACUUCGUGUUUCUUUCCUCAAAAUUUGAUUGCCAAUGUGAAGACGCCCUUGUUUCUUCUCAAUGCAGCCUAUGAUGCUUGGCAGGUUAGUUCUAGUUUGGCUCCAUCAUCUGCUGAUCCUCAAGGAUAUUGGAGGGGCUGCAAAUCAAAUCAUGCUCUUUGUAAUACAUCACAAAUUCAGUAUUUUCAAGACUUCAGGAAUCAGAUGCUCCAAGAUAUUAAAGAAUUCGCUUCAUCCAAUCAAAAUGGUUUAUUUAUAAAUUCAUGUUUCGCCCAUUGCCAAACUGAGAGACAGGAUACAUGGUGUGCCAAUGACGCUCCGAUGGUUAAAAACAAGGGUAUAGCAAAGUCUGUUGGAGACUGGUAUUUUGAUCGGACCGGUGUCAAAUUAAUUGAUUGUCCAUACCCAUGUGACAAAACCUGUCACAAUCUUAUGUUCAAUUGACCAUAGUAAUAGCAUUCCUUCAAAAGGGCAUCUCUUAUAGUUUCAGAAGUACGUGAUUUCAAUUUGUUUUAAAGAAACUACAAGUACUGGUUGGAUCCCCAUAGUUGAGAGGCUCAAGCACAUUGCUCCUCUUUGUAUAAUUGUAUGUGAUUGUUGUAAUAUUUGGCUACAACGGCAGUGAAGAUAAUUGCUGUUGCAACUUUAUAGUUUUACGUAAGUUAUUUCUAAUAAAGUUUUUCGCGUUCAUAACA